AUGCUGGAGACCGUCGUCGCUCUCGCCCCAUAUGGGCUGCACCUGACUUUGCUUUACGCCGCUUCUGUCGUGGUGUAUAGGCUCUAUUUCCACCCCCUCGCCCACAUCCCUGGUCCUCCUCUGGCUAAAACAACGUACCUGUUCGAGUGGUACUACGACCUGGGCUUAAGCGGACGGUUUACUUUUCACCUGAGGGACCUGCAUCAAAGAUAUGGCCCUGUCAUUCGCAUUAGUCCCGACGAAGUCCACGUCCAUGACCCCGAUUAUUUCGACCAAAUCUACAACCAGGCUAACGGGCGGACUGAUAAGCCACCUCACGUUGCCGGGGUUUUUGGCCCCUACUCAGCGACCAUCAGUACCCAGUCACAUACGCUACACAAGACCCGCCGCAGUGCAGUCAGUCCUUUUUUCUCCAGAAAGUCCGUCCUUGAUCUCACACCAGCUAUCCGCCGUCCCGUCGAGAUCCUCUGUGAGCGUCUGCGCGAGGCAUGUGACAAUGGAGGAGUAUUGAACAUGAAAUACAUGUUUGGGGCGGUGACACUGGAUAUUAUCAAUGAUUACGUCUUUGCUAGGGACCCGGUUUACACCCGGCAGCCUGACUUCGGACGUAAGACUUUUGAUGACGUGGACAGCUUUCUGAUAAUCAGCCUACUGAACCUCCACAUCCCUUGGUUAAUACGCCUUACAUACUGGCUUCCUGACCGUCUGAACAAAAUACUAAGUCCAGCCAUGACUGACAUAUUGGACUUUCGUCUGGAGCUGUCGCGACAAGUGGAAGCAAUCCGCAGCGGGCAGGAUACCGCGUACCAGCACACCGAUCAUCGGACCGUGUUCCAUGAACUGCUUGAUAGCAAGCUGCCAGCGAGCGAAUUGAAAAAGGAUCGGCUGCGCGACGAAGCCUUCAGCUUGAUGACGGCGGGCUCAGUCACUACAGCAGCAACCCUACGGGCGACGGCUUAUCACGUAGCCGCAAACGAGUUGAUCCGUCGAAAGCUGCAUGAUGAGCUCUGCGCGGCGAUUCCCGACCCGUCCCAGCCCUUGUCUCUGGUCGCAUUAGAACGCCUGCCCUACCUGGCUGCCAUCAUAGAUGAAGGGCUCAGGCUUUAUGGCCCCGUCACACAUCGCGCCUCAAUCCAACUCCCGGAUCGACGUUUGCAAUGCCAUGGAUAUAUUAUUCCUGCUAACACGACUGUCGGUAUGACGCCGUACCUGCUUAUGCGGGAUGAGACAACAUUCGCCCAUCCCCAACUCUUCGACCCCGAACGUUGGAUCACCGGACGAAAGAACCUGGAGAAAUACUUGGUCGCUUUCGGUCGCGGCUCACGGAUGUGCCUCGGGAUGAGCCUCGCCCGGGCUGAACUCGUUAUGAUCCUCGCCGCCGUGUUCCGGCAGUUUACGUUUGAUGUCUCUGCCGUAAGUCAAGUGAGGGAUAUCGAUUACAACCAUGACUACAUUAUGGGUGCUCCUGCUCACGACUCCCCCGGAAUCCUGGUCGAAGUCCGCAGGUCUUCAUAAUUUUUCUCUGUAUGGCGUGGUGCAGUCAUUGGAAAUUCUGCCUACUUCUGGAC